AUGAUGGGACUCCCCGGGUAUCAGGCCAUCCUCUCUAUAAUUGGUGCCGCGUUGCUCGCAGGAUGGCUGGUAAUCGGGCGAGCGUACUUGACCCCUCUUCGGGCUAUCCCUGGGCCGUGGCACGCCCCGUUGACAUGUCUGUGGCUCAAGAAACAAACCAUUGCCGGACGCAGAGCUCACUACGUUCAUGAGUUGCACCUCAAGUUCGGCUCCGUCGUCCGCAUUGCACCGGAGGAGAUCAGUUUCAAUGACACAGGCGCCUUCAAGGAGAUCCAUCGCAUUAGCGGUAACUAUGUCAAGAGCCCGUGGUACCAGUGCUUCCGCAAGGGCACAACUACUGACCUCUUCUCCAUGACCAACCCUCGCGAGCACGCCCAGCGGCGCAAGCUGUUCGCCCCCCUGUUAAGCAACUCGGCCCUGAUGAGGAAUUGGUUCGACACCAUUGUUGACAAGGUGGACGUGACCAUUGAAAAGAUGAAGCGUCAGCAGCUUCAAGAGGGCCAGGUGGAUAUCUUCAAGUGGUGGACAUUCAUGACAGCCGAUGUCAUCUCGCACCUAGCCUUUGGUGAACCGCUAGGGAUGUUGGAACAAGAAAGGAUAGAGGAUUCAACCAAGCUCGGCCUCGUAGGCGCUGAGCUUCCUUUUGUCCGAUCUCUCCUUGAGUGGACACCGAUUCGAUCAGUGCGGGACAUUGUCAACGCCGAUGUAGAGGUGCAGAGCCUCGCCACGGACGUCAUGACCAAGACGCUGCGAGAUGGCAUUGGGACCACCAAUAUCUUCUCCAAGAUGGUCGCUGAGAAGGAAAGAGAAGCCCAGGCUCUGAGCGACUACCAACUGGCCUAUGAAGCUGGAGGGCUUAUCGUCGCCGGAUCUGGCACCACGGCUGUCUCUUUAACCUAUCUUGUCUGGGCCGUCCUCUCGCAGCCGGCCGUACAGGCAAGAUUAGAGUCGGAGCUUGAAAAACUGCCAGCUGGAUUCUCCGACUCGGAUCUCGAAGCCCUGCCAUACCUGGCCGCCGUCAUAGAAGAGACAUUGCGCCUGUACGGUGCUGCCCCUGGAGCGCUGCCUCGAGUUGUGCCAGAGGGAGGCGCUAAGCUGGCCGGCUAUUUCAUUCCCCAGGGUAUUAUAGUCAGCACACAAGCGUACACCUACCACCGAGAUCCUGAAGCGUAUCCGGAGCCCGAGAAUUUCGUGCCGGAGAGGUUCUUAAACGCUUCUGGCCAGUUCAAGGCACCCAAGACUGGAGUUUACGCCCCCUUUGGUGCAGGGUCCCGGACCUGCAUUGGCAUCCAUCUGGCUCGCAUUGAACUCCGACAUGGUGCAUGCUUCUUCUUUCGUGAAUGCAAGGGGGCUCGCCUAGCGCCACAGACAACCCCGUUAUCUAUGGAGAUGGUGAACUACUUUCUUAUCAGCCCCCGCUCGGAGCAGUGCUGGGUUACUCUUAGUAAUUAA